AACCCGGGUCCCUGGCACUGUGAGGCAGCAGUGCUAACCACUGAGAAUAGAUUGGCGACCAGAACAGGUGGAUGUGUAGAAGAUGCAAUUUAAUACAGAGAUGAAUAAGGUGAUACAUUUUGGCGAAAUGAAUAGGAAAAACAGGCAUAGACUUGCAGGGUGAGAAGGGUCUACAGGAACUGGAGGGGACAAUUUUUUGCAUUGAUCUUGGACAAUAGCAGGCCAUACUGAGACAGCAGUGAGAAAAGCAUAUGGGAACUUGCAUUUCAGAAAUCAAAGUGUUGAGCACAAAAGCAGGGUUAUGCUGGACAGAUAUAAAGCUCUGGAAUAUUGCAUCUCAUUCUUGUCACCAUCAAUCUUUCCUCGAAGCUAUGAUUCUGGAAGUCACCACCCCCACAUAGGCUUCGGGAGGCCUGUGCAGCCAAUAAGAAAAUUAGAGGGAAUGCUGAUCUUCGAAAGUGUGCAGAGGUGUUUGACCAGAAUGGUUCCAAGGGUGAGUGGUUUUAGAUAAAAGGUGAAGUGUAGAAGCUCAGGUCCUGAUCUUUGGAAGUGAGUAAGUGGAGAGAAGAUUUAAUAGAAGUGGUGAUGGGUUUGAUCAGCUGUAAAAAGUUGUUACCAUAAGCUGAUGACAAAGGAUUGAAGGACAGGUUGAAAGUUUUGGGCAAGGGCAGAAACGUAAGGAAAGAAGUAUUUAUUCAGUGCAUGCUCAUUGACUGGAACUCAUUGCCCAUGACAGUGCUGGAAGCAGAGAUGAUGAAUGAUUUCAAAAGCAAAUGAUGGAGACUUGACAGAAAUAGACUUACACAUCUCUGAAAAUAAAAAUUUCCCGAAACCUUGGAAUUCAAAAAAUAUGUCCAGCGUCCCACCUCCACUGCCGGCCCGACCCAACAAACCCAAUCACCAAACGUCAUGUGUGAAUGAAUUUGACAGUGGAUCUGAGAAUGAGGAAACCUAUGAACCACCUCCAAGUGAACGACCCCUGAGAGCUGUUACUACAAUUGAACCGACCAAUAAUUACUACAUAGAAAGACAAACCAAGCCUUCAGCAUCCUCACCCAAACCAGGAAUGAGACAACCUGUAUAUCUCCCAAAGGUCCAGAACAUGAAAUCAGAAAGUGAUCCUGCCAGGAUGCAUGAUCUAUGUGUCGCUCACACCACUCACAAAGGUCCUGCAAUGAACAAACCUGUUGAAGAUAUUCCCCCAGUUCUUCCUCCACGUACCCACAGACAAACUCAAUUGGAUUUGGAGGAUAUCACUGAUGGUGAAUACUUGGAGUUUGACUGCAAAGAGAGCAAUGGAAAUAAAAGUUUACCAGAGCCAAGAUUGCAACCAUCAAUUCCUCCACGUGGUGCAAAUUUACCAACUUCAGUGACAAAGCCUCCUGUUCCACUUGGGAAACCACUUCCUCACAAAACUGUACCCUCAUCAGAAGAAAUGCCAAUUCCACCAGCAACUGCCAGAAGAAUUUCCGUCAAUCAAACUCAACUCAAUAUAUUUAUACCAACUCCAUUCACCCAGAGUGUUCCCUCUCCAAACCUGCAGGAAGAAUCCACUGGGAAAACAAGCAUUGGAAUGAUAUCUUCACCGAAUAUGUUUGCAGAGACAACCAAUUUAUCAAGCAAAUCUUGGUUUGCAAGCAAAUGUGAUCGGAAGACAGCAGAAGCUGCGUUAUAUGAAAAUGGCAAGGAUGGGGCUUUCCUCGUGAGGCCUAGUUCAGGAUGUGACAAGAACCAGCCUUACACUCUGGCAGUGUUAUGCGGAAGAAAAGUUUACAACAUUCCCAUUCGCCUCAAUGAAUACGGGAAGCAAUGCGUCCUUGGAAAGGAGAAAGCAGGAGAGCAGUGGUUUAACAGUAUUGGAGAAAUGAUUGAUUACUAUCAAGGGAAUUCACUGAUCCUGAUUGACAGGCAGAACAACACAAAGAACUCAGCUUUGUUACUUCACCCUGUACAAUUGUGAGCUACCAGCAACCUUGCCAAAGUGAACUUGGAUUUGGCUAAUUUCGAAUUACCAAUUCAGUUCUGCAGGAACAAUGGAUCACAGAAUUUCCAACAAUCAAUCAUGCAAGAGAAGAAGGCCUUACCCUGUAGAAAAUCAAGCCUCGGGACCAACAGUCAUAGAGAUGUACAACACAAAAACAACCUCUUCAGUCCAACUCGCCAUGCCGACCACAUAUCCUAAAU